AUGUCCAAACAUCGUGAAACAACUCCGUGCCGUGACUUAAAAGUCCGCUUCUCCAGAUCAACCCAGAAACGAAGCGAAACCUCUGUGACAACUUCAGCGACCCCUUCGUCACUGUUUCCCUCCUGGAACAACACUUGCCCCUUGGUUCUAGACUGCAUCUCCCUGUUGACACGAGAUGGAAAAGCAGUUACAGAUGGACACGGCUCUUCUGAUACGGCCAAGCUCGUUCUCCAUAGUAACAGCACAUCACUGCCCCAGUUGAAGGCCCCCGAAAGCAGUGACAAUCCGUCAACAACAUACCAAGUCGCAUCGAGAUUCGAACCCCGAAGUAACCCCCUUCAGACCGGAGAACUCGGCUCAGGACUUGCCGAAGAUGCUAAAUGUUGCUGGCCUUCAGCUCCCCUCCCCCCCGACCCGACACUCCCGACAAGCGACGUCCCGUCUCCCGCCCCUCCUAAUUUUGUGCCUUCCACCUAUGUUUCCCCAAACCUCAUCGUCAUGGCCGGCCGUACGGAACGCCGAUCGACUGGAGAUCGUCCAACGGCGCCAGAUGAGAAUUCCCUCCACUGA